CUUCUCUUACCUUCUCUCCUCUUCUCUCCUCUCGCCUCUGUCUCGAUCCUGAAAGAUGAUCGGUCUCGGGUCCCCCAUAGGGCUUCCCACCGGUGCUUACCCCUCCUAUGACAUCCACACUCCGCAAAACGUCACUCCUCCUUUUCUUUCUCCCGGUCCAGCUGGACCUUCCUCUUUACCGCCUCUACCCCGUAAACGUCGAGCCAACUCUCCCAGUCCACCCUUGUUAUCAACGUUCUACCCAGACUGCGACGAUUCUCCACCAUGCGGUGACCCGCAUCGAGAGAAGAGAAGAAGAGCCAAUCUGAUGAGUGGUUUCUCGGGACUGUCCAUCUCUCCUCGUCCUGUGCCUGCGCAGGCUCAAACGUGCCAUCCAUCAAACAGAUUUGCCGCGAUACAAGAUCAUGUACCUCAAAUCGGUAAUCCGCAACCGGAUGCUGGGAUAGCAAGGCCGAUGUCGGAGCGAAGGGAUGACAUGAUAUCUCCACCGGCAUUCGAAAGUUUCGUCAAUCAUGCUACAUCACCAUCCAUACUCGAUCAAGCUCAGACGCGUCCCGGUAUCAACCGAGAGACAAGUUUUUCACUCCCCAUGAUGGAAAACGGGAUCUAUCACCCUGGUAUGCCAGAUGGUCUAGUCGCCACUUCACCUAGAGGAAAGAAGAGGGACGAAUCGGAGAUGGAAUUGGAUCAAUGUAUGGAGAUGAACAACGAGGCGGAGAUGAUGAGGGGUAGGAAAAGACGCAAGGAUACGGGACAUGAUUCAGACAUGGAGAUGGUAGCAAAAACCAAGUGGUAUGAACCUGAAAGAGAUCGCAUCGUAAUUACUUCCCUAUCCGACACGUCCACAUCCUCUUCUCGUUCUACAUCACCCAAUUCUCGCGCCAUACGCACACUCGAACAACCCGGAAUGAGAGGCUUCACCCUUUCCCCUUCUCUCCUCACCCAUCUAUUGAACGCUCAAAGGGGUGACAUCUCAACUCUUCAUCUUCCUCAAUCCACUGAAAGAAGCCUGGUCAUGUAUCGACCUGCCGUUUUACCACCGGGUUUCUCCGAUUGGGCAAGGAAAAUGUUACCUAAUGUCAAUCUGGAUUUACCCAUGCAGGGAUCUGAGGUGGUCAGGACAUGGCGAGGGGAACCGGGAGUGAUAAUGGACGACGAAGGGAGAUUCGAAGAGUUGAACGACGACGGUGAGAUGUUCAUUUCUCCUGCGAAUUCUCCAUCCGACGAUGUGCAGAUGAUGGAGUUUGAGUAAAAAAAAAGCUUUUAGGAAUAUGGGCCAGUAAUUUUUCUAUAUUCAAUCAUCAUUGUGCACUUAUCUCUGGAAUUAUUAUCGAUGCAUUGGUGUGACAGGUGCG